AUUUAUGCGUAGGCGGCCUUCGGUCGCGCUUAGGGAUUAUAACCCUCACAACGUAGAAUUCUCCUUUCUGGCAAAUUAAAUAUCCUAAAACAUAAUCUAUGCAAUUGCUUUUGCAAUAUUAUAUACAAAAAAUUUAGUUAUGCUAGUGCUAGUUUCUGUUCUGUUAUUGCUGUCGGGAAAUAAAACAAUCGCACUGUGGCCACGGCCAGCCUUAAACAUUAUACUUCCUAAGCUUUCGCAAUAUUCUGAAUUGUGCUGAAUUAAAGAAUGGAGCUGAGUUAAUGAUGCAUUUAAUACAUGCAAACGGUAUGAGAGAUGCUAAACGGUGUUGAGAUGCUAAUUUGUGAUGAUAUAAAAAAGUAUACUUACAUAUGUAUGUACGAAAUAUGCAUACUUACAACAUAUGCGUAUAAAUAAUUUACCUACAUAAUUAAGGAGGUGUGUGCGUACACACAUACAUAUGUACAUGCGCGCUUUCAUUCAUGCAUACACAUAUGCACAUAUGUAUGCAUAAAUCCACGCAUAUGCAUUUUUUGCGCGUUUAUGUUGAUUGUGAUAGAAUCAUCAAAUAAUUAAUGAGCUGAGAAAAAGCUUUAUCGUCGCACCAACAUAUUGACGUAAUAGUAAGCGUUGUGAUACUGCGUUAAAAUAUUCAAAGAAGUUUAAAACAAGUAAAAAAAUUGCAAACAAAAAUUUUACAAAAAAUAUAUUAGUUCAUUUUCGUUUUAUCGGGUGCGAUUUGUAAAUGGAGAGAAGUGAUCCGCAUUUGCUAAGUCAACUAUUAUACCAAUGCAACUGUAGACAAAAGAAACUAAAACGUGCAAGAUUAAAAAAAAGAACUAACAGCUUUCAUAAUACUAACAAUCCUUAUAGCAAUAAGUUUUCAAAAGAUCAAAGAUCUUCAGAACCAUCUUCAGUAUGGCGAGCAAUAACUUUAACACCGCUGACGUCUACACAAGGCAGCGAUGUUUAAAAUAUUGGCGCUUCCUCGCACUUUUUGCAGUGCUUUAUAGCAACGCAUCAUUGCUAGUAGCAGCCUCCGCAGUGGACAAUAGCGUUGACAGCACGACUGAUGCUGUUGAGAGUGUUGGCUCAAUUUCUGCUGGUGGAAUUAAUGAUGUUAUUCAGAAGUCCACGGAAAUCUUACCACUCCCUCAUGUAUUGCGACAUCAGAAACAUCACUCACAUCAUCAGCCUUUGAAGCGAACACCGUUGCACCAACAACUAAGAGGCAAUUACAGCAACUCCAACGCAAGCAUCAUAAACAGCAGCGGUAGUAUCAGCAACAAGAACAUUUAUUUCCAAGCGCAAUUUCAACCGUUAAUGUCAGAUCACUUCCGUCAUCCAAAACACAGACAUUCAUGGGGACGUCACGUUCACCCAAUUCUUCGCCAUCAACAACAUAAUCUGCAGGAAACCAAAACGGCUACUGCAGCGGUGGCAACAUCUCCACCAGUAAUAGACGUAGCAACGAAGCCACCGGUCAAUGGCAAUAGUGGAACACAGCAGCAUAAAAAAGCACAAAGUCACUUUGAUCGCGGUGGCCUCUAUCAAUCGCCUUAUCAGUGGAAAACAAGAGGCCCGAAAAUACGAAUUGGCAGGCGCUUCCAGAUUAAAGCCCAACCGAAUAGCAAGAGAACUUCACUGAAAUUGAACGCCGGCUCAGAUAAUAAGACCAUCGCACAAGAAGAUGAAAUGAAUUACACAGAUUCUAAUAGCAAAGAUUAUAAAGUCAGUUUGAGUAUAGCACCUGAAGGAAGCAUGGAUAGUCACACUGAAUAUGAUGAUUCGUAUGGUGAUCCAGAGGAUGAUAGCAUAAGUGCAAAUGAAUUUCCCCAAGUCGGCGACAUGCACGUAGGCAAACAUCAACCCGCUGUCAAAAGCUAUACUGAAUUAUUUAACGAUUUACGUAUGCCGCCAAAGAAGCGCGACUAUCCCCACCCAUAUACUGCAGGUCGUCAGGUCGCACAUAUAGGUGGAGACGCCGAUGAAAGCAAAACAUACAAUUACUUUUCAUCUAACUCUGACGAGAAUAGCGAUGCAGACUUCUCUAAUGAAAAGUGGCAGCGGAUUGAACAAGAGCACCAUCGUAAACAGCAAGAACAUCAGCGACAGAUGUUGGCAUUGCGUGCGCAUCCUUACAGUCAUUACACAGAGGCAGCUGCAACAGCAGCAGUAUCUGCAGUGACAGAUGCAAUAAAACCACAUCGGAAUAGUGAUGAUGAAGAUAUUGAAAAUAUCAAUUCUCAAUUCUAUAUACCUGGCACGUUGACAAGACGAAAACAGGAGGAACUGGGAACUCUGGCAGCUGUGCAGGAAUCACGACGCUCGCACGUGAAAAAAUACAAACAAGAAAAAGGUCAGGAUCAUUUGGGUGUCCGUACACGUUUGCUGGUGCAUGUAUUUUUACCACUGCAGCCUUUUGGGUUGGUUAGGUGCAGCCUUUGCAUAUUUACAAGUCAGGACAUUUGUGUGUCCGUCCACAUUCGCUGGUGCAGGGAUUUACUCUUUUGAAGAAGUGCUUCGAUAGACCUCUUCAUGCUGAUUUCAACUAUCACUGAAUUAAUAAGGUUCUAUGAAGUGCUAAGUCUCGUUUUGCUGUUAUAGUUGUAAACUCCGUAGUAGUUAAUUAGAAAUACCUCGUAAUCUCGUAAAUAAAAUUAAGCAAGUUUACUAGGUUUCUGAGGUAACGAGGCAAUUACACGUUUAGAUCAAUUGUCCUUUAUUUUUACUAAUUAAUUAAGCUGUUAAUGAUAUAAUUUUUAGAUGUAACAAAUAUAAUCAUUCACAAGAUUGAUUGCAGAAAAUAGUAGAAAACAUUACCAAUUUACAUUUUAAAAAAAUCAAAUGUAAUUAAAUUGCGAUAUUGAAG